AUGCUGAUGCCGCUGGAGCGGCUCCGCUCCAUCCUGGAGCUGCUGUUUCGCGAGGGUGUUCUGGUCGGGGAGCGGGACGGCUGCCCCCGGCGCACCCACCCGCAGCUGCCCGGCGUGGCCAACGUGGAGGUUCGGCGUGCCAUGGCCUCGCUGCGCUCCCGCGGCCUCGUGCGCCAGACGGCCGCCUGGCGACACCUCUACUGGUACCUGACGGACGCCGGCGUCGCCCACCUGCGCCAGUACCUGCGGCUGCCGCCGGACGUGGUCCCGCGCUCCCUGCAGCGCGUCCCCCGCCCCGCCGCCCCCCGGCCCCGCGCCGCCGCCGGUCCCCACCGGGCGCGUCCCGCCGCCGGUGACCGGCUGUACCGCAGGAAGGACGAGGGCGUGGGGCACGUGGAGCCCAGCGCCGUCAGCGCAGCGCAGGGGGUGGCCCAGCCGCCCCCCCAGCCCGGCCCGGCCGCAGUCGCCUCCGGUCCAAGUUUCCAGCCCGGAGGCGCCGAGCCCGGUCCCUGCCAGCGCCGUGAGUCACCGGCCGCCGGGGGGGCCGGGCCCGCGGCGCUGCUGUCCCGUGGCUGCGGCUCCUCGCGGGCAGCACCCACGUCCCGUGGGGACCGGAGGGGUUGUCCCGAGGGCUGGCCCGGGGGUCACAUCUCGCGCCGGGCUCCGGGGCUGCCGUGGCUGCCCGACCCUCGCGUGGGACGCGUGGGACUGGACCCCGUCCAGUGCUGGUGCCAGCCGAUCCGGCUCCAGGCUUUCCCUCCGCCCCGGCAGCCUCUGCCGGAAAACCCGGCCUGGAAUCCCGUCUUUCGGGGACGGGGCCGCGCCGGCGGCCGGGGGUUGCGGGGUCCCCGCGGGGGCGGAGGGGGUCCGGUACCCCCUCCGCGGCCCCACUACCCCCCUGCCCGGGGGGCCGGCGUCCUUCGGCGGCGGGGCCGUGCCGGAGCUCUCAGUUCUGAUGUCACGGCGACCCCCGAGAUGACGGCCGGGUGA